AUGUCUUGGACGAUGGUCUCCUCCCUCAUUCGCAGCGCCAUUGCUGGACCAUCCCGCCUACCCAUCAACGCCGUCACUUGCAUCUCCCCCUCGAUGCGCGCCUUUUCCACAUGCCAACCUUGCUUGGUGACUCUGCAACAAAACCUUCGUGGUGCACGCAAAGCCCAUCGACCAGCGGUCAACAAAGUGCCUGCUCUGGAAUCGAAACCUUUCGUCAAGGGAGUUUGCAGCAAAAUCUUCACCACAAAACCCAAGAAACCCAAUUCGGCUAUUCGCAAAGUCGCCCGUGUCAAACUCUCCAACGGUCGUUCGGUAGCCGCUUACAUUCCGGGUGAAGGUCACAACUUGCAGGAACACUCGGUCGUCUUGGUCCGUGGUGGUCGUGUACAGGAUUGUCCAGGUAUAAGAUAUCAUUUGGUCAGAGGUGCUCAGGAUUUGGCCGGUGUUGCAGGUCGUCAAACCUCCAGGUCAAAGUACGGCUCCAAGAAGCCCAAGGCUGCUCCUUGA